CCGUCUUCUCCGUUUCCUCCUGACUCCGCUGCUUUUCGCUGAGCUACAUCGGCCGAACUAAGCGUAUACCGAAACUAUAUGCCCGACGAUGCACUGAGGGUGGUUUGUGAUAAAGACCACCCGCUAUGCAGUGCUUGUGCCCGAUGCAGAGCUUGUAGGUAUCUGUUUGGUAGGUUAUAGAAAUUCCAGAUAUCAGGAAGCUGAAGAAAAGAGAACUGUGAGAGCAGACAGACAGGAGGCCACGGUUCCCCCUCACAUACACACACACAUCACCACGGCCUUGAUGGUGAUGUAUGCAAGGAAACCAGCAAGAGUCAGCGAUGGGUGCAACGACAGAAGGGAUUCACAAUCCUAUCAGACCCAUAAAUCUCAGCCAAAGAGCCAGUCCAGCAGCCUUCACCGCUAUGACAAGGUGCGCGAUGGCUCAUCAGACCCCACACCCCCUUACAAGAUGCUGCGACGCUCUGACGAAAGUCCUGUCAGCAGACACGGAGACGGCACGGGGCAUGGCAAGGCAAAAACCUCUCACGCGGUUAGAGGAAAAAAUGGGACCAGCGGCUCUCCUCAAGAGAACUCUCACAACAACAGCUCCCACCAUGCCUCUGACUCGCAUGCGACACAGAGCAAGCCUGCAGACAGGCACCAGGAGCCAGCAGAUGACUGGACAGAACACAUCAGCUCCUCUGGGAAGAAGUACUACUACAACUGUAGAACUGAGGUUUCCCAAUGGGAGAAGCCCAAGGACCUGCUGGAGAGGGAGCAACGACAGAAAGACCCAGUCAAGAUGCCGGCGAACAGUUUCCCCCGGGACAUGGACUACAGACAAGAGGCCUUGCAGGACAAAGCCUCAACUAAGACCACAUCAGGGGACCAGUCCACAGCAUCCAACUCCGGCCAUUCCUCCUCUUCUUCUCAGAGCCUGAACUCCGCCCCCGGUGCUUUAGGCUCCACCCCCUCCGCCAUGUCCUCCUCCACCUCCUCUUCCUCCUCCUCGGGGCAGGCGCCUUCGUCUGUCCAGUCCCCGUCCCCGGCGCUGCUGCAGGACCCCGCCCUCCUCCACCAGCUGCUCCCCGCGCUGCAGGCCACUCUGCAGAUGAACAACGGCAGCAUGGACAUGGCCAAACUCAAUGAGGUCUUGGCAGCUGCCGUUACCCAAGCUUCCUUGCGGUCUGUGCUUCAUAAGCUCCUCACUGCUGGACCUGCUUUCAACAUCACUGCGCUGCUGUCCGCCGCUCAGCACUCCAACCAAGCCCAGCACUCCAGUCAGUCCCCGGUCUCCCUGACGUCGGACGCAUCAUCACCACGGCCGUACGUCUCGCCACGGAACGGCACGCCGCAGAGCACCCAGAAACCCCCCCUGGGCAUGCACCCUGGCGGCGUCACAUCCUCACAAACAAGGGGCAGCAUGUCUUCAGCGAAACAAGGACCAGUCCCCGUGCCUCAGACCGCAGAGAAGCGUCCCGAGGACCCCAGAGUUCUCCAGCAGAGAAGCAGCCAGGACCUUCUGUGCUCUGGAUCAAACGUACCCGGUGCAGCGUUGCCCCACGUCCCCUCCGGCAGCAGCAGCCAGACCCAAUCCGAAAACCCCGGCACUUUCACCCCCUCCCUGGCAACUCAUUUUGACGAGAGCCUCAUCAGACAUAUCCAAGGAUGGCCUUCAGAGAACACUGAGAAACAGGCGGCUCGGUUGCGCGAGGACCUCCACAACAUGGGCAGCUUGUACAUGUCUGAGAUCUGCACGGAGAUGAAAAACCUGCGCUCCCUGGUCAGAGUGUGUGAAAUUCAGGCCACACUGAGGGAACAGAGAAUCCUGUUUCUGAGGCAGCAGAGCAAAGAGCUAGACAAGCUGAAGAACCAGAACUCGUACAUGGUGUGAGGACCUGACCUGAGGAGAAAGAACCGGGAUGGAUGGAUUGAAAUAAUGAUCGGAAAAGAGGAAUAGACACGGACAGCAAGCUGCUGCAGCCUGUUGAUUCUCCCUAGCAGAGAAGCUGUUAAAGAACCUCCAUCCUGAACACGUCUUUUUCUUUUCUUUAAAAAAAAUCCUUUUCCAACGUCCACAUGAAUUGCGUUCGCUGAAAGUACCGGUUCGGCGCGUCGGACACUUUAACCAAGUGGACAGGGAGGACCUGGGGCUCUUUUUUUUCAUUGUUUUUUUCAAAAACAGCACCUUUCGGGACCGUGAACCUUGGAUUGUGUGUAUUGUAUCGGGUUAACUUGUUUUCUGGUGUGUUUUUGAUGUGUAGUGGUCAGGAAAAGAUUACAUUCUUUGGAAAAUGAACUAAAAAAACAAACCAUCUCAUAAUAAUCAGUGUGACAGUGGGAGUUGAUCAUGUUCCCCUGAUCUUCUUAAAUUGCAUUGAGAUGUAUGGAUUCAAUGGCAGUGAUGUUACUAAUGUUAUUUUAAUUCACUAUACUUGUCCGUGGUUUCUUGCCAUACCCAGUGUGUCUUCGAGGCUGGUUGCUUUUACACGUCAUGAGAUUAGCGAAGACCAAUUUUGGCCAGAUUUUCGAGAAUAAAUACUUUAAAUGUG